AUGAGCUUUGGAGAAGCGUGCAUCUUCCUGAGAGGAGGCAAGAACAUCGAAAGGGAACUAGCAGAUGAUGAAAUUGAAGAGCUGCGGGAGGCUUUUGACGAGUUUGACAAGGACAAGGACGGCCUGAUCAGCUGCAAGGAUCUGGGCAACUUGAUGAGGACGAUGGGCUACAUGCCCACCGAGAUGGAGCUCAUCGAACUGAGCCAGAACAUCAACAUGAAUUUGGGAGGGAGGGUGGAUUUUGAGGACUUUGUGGAAUUAAUGGCCCCAAAGCUCCUUGCUGAAACCGCCGGGAUGAUUGGAGUCAAGGAGUUGAGAGACGCCUUCAAAGAGUUUGACAUGGAUGGGGACGGAGCAAUAACAACCGAGGAGCUGCGCUGCGCCAUGACCAAGCUGAUGGGAGAACACAUGAGCCGCCGAGAGAUCGACGCCGUGGUGAAAGAGGCCGACAACAACGGGGACGGGACAGUAGACUUUGAGGAAUUUGUGAAAAUGAUGUCUCGCCAGUGA